AGAAAUGAAUCCCGGGCAGCGGCGAAUCCUGCCCGCGGGCAAGCCACCCCAGUAUAAAGCGAGCGGUAUUCACCCAGCAACGCAGUUUGCCGCUCUCGGCACCUCGCCUCCCUUGUCCAUCUUCCUGACUAUCCGCCAAUUUUUCUCUUCCGUGACAGGAAAGUGAACAAGAGGCGGGGCUAAUGGCGUCCAACUACGUGGACACCGCGGUGGAGGAGGGCAGGUUCCACGGCCACGGCCACGGCCACCACCACCACAGCACGACGCCGACCGGCGCGGGAGCAUCUCCGUCUCCGAAGACGAUGAGGAGGAGCGGGUCGUCAGCGUCAUCUGCCCACGGCUCCGGCCACGGCACCGCUCCCAAGUGCGUCUGCGCGCCGGCCACGCACGCCGGGUCCUUCAAGUGCCGCCUCCACCGCAGCGGCUCCCACGGCCACCCGUCGUCACCUCCCUCCUCGGCCACCGCCGUCGUCGCGGCGCCGUCGUCGUCCUCCCGCACCGUCGCGGCGCAGUGACACAACGCAGGCGUCGAUCCCUCGGAAACAAGAAACGCCCAGCAGCAAGAGGAGAGAAGAAAAAAAGGGAAAGGAACACACUACUACAUGUCACAAGAAAGGGAGCUUAUUUGUUCCUCCCUUGAUCUUGAUGCCGUUGGAAAAUUCUACAUUUCCUUUCUCUUUUUCCCCUCGUCUUUUUUGUUGGGAUAAUCGAUCUCCCUCGAAUGGCCUUCCCUCCAUGAGAAGAAAUUCCCUGCUUCCACUAGGCACCCCUGUCACCUGCUUCAGUCCACCCUCCACUGAAAUGGAACAAAUUCUAACCGUACAAUAUGUGUGAUGGUCUUCUCUUAUGUAAUUACCAUUUCAGUAAAAUCCAUGUUCCUUGCAA